AUGACGACUGAUUAUUUUACUCGCAAACAAUCAUAUUCAGGUUUUAGUGACGGGGCAGAUUCUCCUGGGAGUCCUUUGGCAUCACGAACCAAUCCAUUAUCUUCAAAAGUCACGAGUGUCCUUUCCGCAUCUUAUGCCGAUUCAGAUAUCAGAGAUGCUCUGUCCUUGUUAGACAAACGAGGUAUACAAAACACUGCUGAGACUAGACGACAGUUGAGGUUAGAUGUUCACAGGGAGGUUAUUGAAAGUAAUGGCGACAUAAUUCGUGAAUUUGGCCAUGUUGCCGAGGAAGCUUCCGAGCUCAUGAAGCAGCAGGAACAGAUGCAAGCAAAGCAGGAAUUGUUAAAUGCCUUUAAUGCACAUUUUGUUAUGUCCGAUGAUGAUAUUGCAAUGCUCACUUCAACCGCUGAGCCUGUGAAUGAUAGAUUUUUCUCCAUUCUGAGUAGAGCGAAGAAAAUUCAAAAUGAUUGUGAGAUUUUACUUGGGACAGAAAAUCAACGCCUGGGAUUGGAAAUUAUGGAACAAACCUCAAAGAAUAUUAAUGGUGCUUUUCAAAAACUUUAUCGAUGGAUACAAAGAGAGUUCAAGACACUCAAUCUGGAAAAUCCACAGAUAAGUUCUUCAAUCCGCCGCGCCCUUCGCGUACUAGCAGAACGGCCAUCGCUCUUCCAAAGUUGUCUUGACUUUUUUGCUGAAGCAAGGGAGAAUAUACUCUCGGAUGGAUUUUAUACUGCAUUGACUGGGACCACCGUUGGAGGUGACGAAGAUCCUUCAAUAAAACCAAUCGAAUUAGUAGCUCAUGACCCACUACGUUAUGUAGGGGACAUGCUGGCCUGGACUCAUUCUGCUACGGUAGGUGAGAGAGAAGCUCUUGAAGUCCUCUUCAUUUCAGACGGCGAUGAGAUCGCAAAAGGGAUACAAGCAGGGCUAGAUAGUGAGCCUUGGAAUCGUAUAGCUGAAAGCGAGGACGAGGUUGGCCAUUUUGAUGGUUUGAAAGCUCUCAACGAAUUAGUAGAUCGAGAUGUAGCAGGUGUUGCGCGGGUUCUCCGCCAAAAAAUUGGCCAAGUGAUACAAAGUCAUGAAGAGACGAUAAUGGCAUACAAAAUAGCAAACCUGUUGAAUUUCUACCGCGGUACAUUCCAAAGGUUGCUCGGAGACGACUCAGUUCUUCUCGACUCUCUUGCGACCCUUGAAGAGUCGGCAUUACGCCAAUUCCGGGCUUUAAUGCGCGACCAUAUCACCAGCCUCCAAGCCGAAACCCAGGUUGCCCCUCCUAAUCUCAGUCCACCCGAUUUCCUGCAUGAAGGCUUGAAACAAUUAACUGCCAUCAUGAAAACAUAUGAAACAUCCUUCACAUCUCCGGAGACCCGAGAAGCUGGCUUUGAGCCCAUUCUCACCGAAGCAUUCGACCCUUUCAUGAAAGGCAGCGAAAACGUCGCAAAGGAUCUCUCAGCUCCUAGAAGUACAAUCUUCACAAUAAACUGCCUCCUAUCCGCCCGAGCGACCCUCGCACCUUUCGACUUCACUAUCUCCCGCGUUUCACAAAUCAAAGAUACAAUAGAAGAACACGCCGCCACUCUCAUAGACCACCAAUAUAUCUUCUUCCUUGAAAAGUCUGCUCUACAGCCGCUCCUACAAGCCUUGUCCGCCACCACGGAUAUUAGAGAUCACCCAGUAUUCCAACCUGCAUCUUUAAUCCAAGCCUCUCAAACCCUAGAUGAUUUCCUACCUUCGGCAUUAAUGGACGCGAUGGAGAAUCUUAAAGAUCUGCAAAAUAGUAUGUUGGUGCGACAAAUUACCGAAGAGGCCGCGGAGAAAUUCUGCGACGACUUCGAGAAGGUGGAAGAGAGACUUAUGAAGGCCGAUGAGGAACGGGAGGAAAGUCUGGAUGAGAAGGAUGGAGAGCCCCACCACGUACGAGCGUUAUACCCUAGAACUGGGGGAGAAAUUAGGGUUUUAUUAUCCAUAAGGAUCUGGAAUAUGUUCAAGACUUGGAGACUGGAGAUUACAUAG